AUGGCCGACGCUCUGCGGACGCUCUACGCCGUCCUCAUGGCCGUGUCGGGUGUAGCUUCUGUCUGCGGGAACCUCCUCCUCCUGCUGGUGCUCCUCCUCCACAAGGAGCUCCGGGCCGACACGCUGGGCCUCACCCUGAGCUUCAGCCUCAGCGACCUGGCCCUCGGACUCUCCACCAUCCCCUUCGGGGCCCACAACAGCUUGUCCCGACCGGCUGGGUUCCCCAGUGACGGCGCCUUGUGUCAGGGCAGCGGAUUCAUCUUCCUCCUGCUGCAGACGUCCUCCAUCCACUCGCUGACGUGGGCCACCGUCGACAAGUUUACUGAGAUCUGCUUCGCCCUGAGCUACCGCAGCAUCUGGACCGCCAGGCGGAGCUGGGCGGUGCUGGUGCUGGUCUGGUCCUUCUGCCUGCUGAACGCCGUCCUGCCCCUGCUGGGCUUCGGCAGCUACGCCUACAGCGAGUCGCGCUUCCUGUGCUGCCCGAGCUUCACGCCUGAUAACCGGUACUUCGUGGUGCUGUGGAUGUCGGCCGGCAUCGUGGUGCCGAUCCUCACCAUGUGCUCUCUGUACGGAUACAUCGUGUAUGUGGCCCGGAAGCAGGCCAGGAGGGGAACCUUCAUGUGCAACGAGCUGCACUGCUUCUACGUUCCUGCCAACAACUACCUGAGGAGCUCCAUCGUCAUGGUCACAACCUCAGUGUGUCUGCUGGUCUGCUGGCUGCCCUACAUCUCAGUGUGUCUGUACGAGACGUUCAGCGGUCAGCAGAGUCCUGCGGUGACCGCUGCCCUCUCCGCCUGGCUGGUUCUGAGCAGCGCCGCCCUCAACCCGUGGAUCACCUGCAUGAUGCAGACGUGA